UUUCCUAGUCGCUCCCCCUUGCUGCUGCCGCUGCUCGCCUGCUGCUUGACUACAUUGUAUCGGUUCCCACACGAAGACGCAAACGCGGCGCUCUCUUUCACAAACGGGCGAACGCGGAGGAAUUAACCUGGAUGGAAAGCCGUUCACCGUGGAAUUCAUUUGCAGAAGCCCGCGACCGACGAACCGCUUUCGCUUGGGGCUCGGGAAGGCAGCGGCGAAAAUGCGCCUGGGACUCGGCUGUUUUCGCUGUGGACGGUGUCUCGAAGUGUGAUGGCAGAAGUCCAGUGAAUCGCUGGCCUCCCCUCCUCUCUUGUGCUGGGUGUCUGGGGGAGUGCGCUGCCACUGGUUUCUACUAGAGCUUCAGAUUGUAUUUAGAGGUUUUACUGCAACUCAGCCGCCUGCACGUUGAUUUAUUCUUUACACGGAGCGCACGCCGCCAUGGACGGAGAGCGGUUUGGAAUAGGACUGUUUAGUUAAGUCGGGCACAAUGUGGUUAAAUGGGACAGGAAGGAGUAGAACGUGAAGAUUCUCUGACCCUUGCCCCUGACUCCCAACCGUCCGAGAGGGUGUCGGACCUCACCGAGGCAUUCCUGGGCCGUUGGCACUAAAAUGUCCCUAAGUGGUGGCACUGCAGGCGGGAAAGGUGUGGACUCGAAUGCGGUGGACACUUACGACAGCGGGGAUGAGUGGGAUAUCGGUGUUGGAAAUCUGAUCAUCGACCUCGACGCAGACUUAGAGAAGGACAAACUUGAGAUGUCUGGCACCAAGGACAGCAUGGCAGCACCACCCAGCGCAGUGGCAGCGUUGCCCGACAACAUACGAUUCGUCAGCCCGGUCUCCGGCGUUCAAGGCAAGGAGAGCAAAUCCAAAUACAAGCGCAACAAGAACUCUAAAGACAAUAGCAGCAAAGCUUCCACGGAUGGGGGGAAAAAAGAGCCCACUGGACGGACUCAAGGGGAACCAACGGGUGCAGCAGCGAGCGCGGCCGCUGCCGGCAACAAUUCCACCUCUGGGAAGAACAUGGAAAAAGGGGGCAAGGCCUCCCGAGGUGUUCUCGGUGGUAAAAAAGACAAGGAAGGAGCCGGCGGGAAAAAUAAGAAAGACAAAACAGAUGGCGCCCCAGUCGUGGCAAUUGGCGUCUCUGAGAAGGACGUAUCUCAGGCCCAAGUUGCUUUGGGAAAUAGUCGUAAUGCGUCUUUUGAGAACACACAAUCAACAGACUUGGCAGAUGCUAAUCAAAUGGGAAAUAUUGCACUUGAAUCUGUUGGGAUAGUACCACCUUUGAUCUCCAAAACUGAACCAGAUGAGGUGGAAAAUGUUAACAGCGAAUGCAAGACAUUAAAGAAGAUUAAAAACGAGAAGAUGGAAUCUCCCGUCUCCACGCCAGCUCCUCCCCCUCUCCACCUGCUGGCCACGGUCGGCAACAGCGAAAUCGCCUCGCCUUGCGAGCAGAUAAUGGUGCGCACACGCUCGGUGGCGGUGAACACGUCCGACGUGGCCCUGGCCACAGAACCCGAGUGCUUGGGGCCGUGCGAGCCCGGAACCAGUGUCAACCUUGAAGGCAUCGUGUGGCAAGAAACCGAAGACGGCAUGCUGGUGGUCAAUGUAACUUGGAGAAACAAGACCUAUGUGGGCACCUUGUUAGACUGCACACGGCAUGACUGGGCUCCCCCCAGAUUUUGUGAAUCACCCACAAGUGAUCUGGAAAUGAGGAAUGGUCGCGGUCGAGGUAAACGAAUGAGACCGAACAGCAACACACCGAUCAAUGAGAACAGCAACUCAUCAGACAACAAGGGCGCCACCAACAACAAGACGCGUGCCGCCUCAAACACCAAGGGCCGGAGGGGCAGCCAGACGCCAUCAGAGCGCCGCACCCCUCCAAACAGCAACACGGAGGAUAUCAAAGCCAGCCCUUCUUCAGCUGGAAAACGCAAGACCAAACCUGCUUCUGACAUGGAGCCCAACUCCAGCUCAGAGGACACCAAAGGCAACAAACGAAUGCGGACAAACUCCAACAAUGGAGGCGUGGGAGCUGCAGGUCUCCCUAUCCCUUCUAUUAAGACGGAAUCACUUCCACCGCCACUCGAUCGCAGCUGUCCGUCUCCGAUUCUUAUAGACUGUCCCCAUCCCAACUGCAACAAAAAAUACAAGCACAUCAAUGGACUGAAGUACCACCAAUCCCGUGCUCACAAUGAUGAUGACAUAAAGUUGGACUUAGAUGGAGACAGUGAAUAUGGCGAGGACUCAACUCUCCACCCUGAACCGGGAAACUGUAAUGGGGCAUCUAUCUCCCAGAAAGGAUCUUUGUCCCCAGCACGUUCAGUUACUCCGAAAGGCAGAAACUUUGAUGCACAAAGUCCAUCUCCUUCUCCUGGAAAGUUUGGUUCAAAGCAGAGUAAAAAGAAAAUAGUUGAGGCAGAUCCAGACACAGGAGGUGCACCGAUGGAUGGCUGUGAAGAUGGGCCAUGCCUUACUGAUGAGGCUAGUAAUGAUGGCAUAGAUGAUAAGAGAGGAUCAGAUAAGCCUAAGAAGGCUAACACUGGUACAAAAACUGAUAAAAUUGCCCAGAAAAACUUGAAGUCGCCACGUCCUAUUGGCCCUGGACCACCAGGAUCCCAACAAAUGUAUCCAUUUCCACCUGGAAACCCAAAUUCCUCCCCAGGACUAGCCCCAAUGAUACAGGGAAUCCCCAAGAGCCCUCAAAUGAGAGGAGCACAACCUAAACCCCCUGCUAUUGGAGAUCCAGCUUCAAGUAGUUCCAAAGACAAGAAGAAGAAAGACAAAAAGAAAAAAGAUGGUCUAAAGGACGCUGAUAGCCCCAAGCCUCCGGGAAAGGGUGGAAAAUUAGAGGAAGCAAAGCUUCCAUAUUCUGAGCCUUGUGAUCAAGGGAACAAGGGAGAAGGUCUCCUCAACGGUUCCUCAGAUUCCCAUCAGAGUCGCUUGGCCAGCAUCAAGGCAGAGGCUGACAAAAUUUACAGCUUUUCCGACAAUGCGCCAAGUCCAUCUAUUGGUGUUGCCAGUCGGAUAGAUGGCACUGGUAUGCCGCAACCUCUCACACCACACCAUGUGGUAAACCAGAAUGGUGCUGACAACUCUUCAGUCAAAACCAAUAGCCCAGCCUAUUCAGACAUUUCAGAUGCUGGGGAGGAUGGUGAAGGGAAACCAGACGGUGUCAAAGUCAGGACAGAUGACCAAACCAUCAGGGAAAGCGUCAAAAAAGCACUCUUUCCAAAUCAGACACCCAACAAAGAUUCCCCCUACUAUACCAGUUACGAGGCUUACUACUCCCCUAACUAUGUAAACCCCAGUCCUGGCGGCCCAAAUCCAGUUGCACCAGUGGCUGAAGGUCAGGCUAAGAUCAAAAGAGAUGAUGAACAUGAUCAAGUUGAGGAGAAAGUAAAGGUUGAAGUUCAUGAAGAACGAAAACCUGACCCCAGUGUUGCUGGCCAACAGCAACAACAGCCCUCGGUCAUCCAGCAGCGGUCAAACAUGUACAUGCAGCCCCUGUACUACAACCAGUAUGCAUAUGUCCCUCCUUAUGCAUACAGCCCUGAUCAAGCCUACCAUAACCACUUGAUGAACACCAAUCCUGCCUACCGGCAACAGUAUGAGGAGCGGCAAAGGCAGAUGGCAGAGCAGAAUCGAGCUGCUGAGAAGAAGUCGGAUGUUGUCAUGAAGGAGCGAGAAGCCUCCAUGAAGGAGGAGUGGAAACAAAAGAGCCCAAUGCCACCAAGCCUCUCCAAAGCCCCGAGUCAGUCAGAUCUCGGAAAGAUACCACAGCCGCCAAGCAAAUCCAGAGACUCACCUUCUGAGCUGUCCUCCAAGUCUAUUGGAAGCAUAAAGGGGGAGGAUCCAAAGUCCCAGCAAGCUGAGGGGCUAAAGAUGAAACUGACUGAAGGGGGUCACCAUGGAAAGGAAGACUCUUUGCAAGCUCUCGAGUCCAGAGGCCAGGCAGGGAUGGAACAACCCAUGUGGUACAGACAGCCAUACCCCGAGAGCCAGAAACUCCAACUAGAGGACGAACACCAGCAACAACAGCAUCGGAGGAAAGACGAAAGGGAAAGGGAUCGGAAACUAAAGGAAGAAAGGGUCCGGCUGAAGGAUGGUCAAAGUGGACCCAAGGAGGAUGGAAAAGACAUCAGUGAUUCCAGAAUCAGUGCUGAGGACCAUCGAGCCAUGAGCAAAGACUCUCGUUCUAACCCGCACAUGCAGUUCACAUCACAACUAGCACAGCAUCAAGGCUACUUGCCGUACAUGCAUGGAUACCCGUAUGGACAAGGCUAUGAGCCCAACCACCCAGGAUACAGGGGCAUGUCUUCGGUCAUGAUGCAGAAUUACCCAGGUUACCUAUCUGGAAGUUAUCCAUUUUCUACUUACGGGGGUAAAAUGGUGGGAGGUGACGAAGGCAGCGAGAAAUCCCGCGCUAGCCCCACAGUUUCUAAAACGGCAACGGACUCCAAAGCCCUGGACAUCCUGCAUCAGCACGUCAGCCAGUACAAGAACAAAUCCCCCACGGUGGGCGACAAACCGCCCCACGACAGAGAACGGGACCAGGACCGGGGAGCCGCCGUCGACAGGGAGCGGGAACGGGAGCGUGAGAGGGACAGAGACAGGGAUGUGGACCGACCGCGCUCGUCACCGUCCCAGCGCAUCAUGCCCUCUCACCACCACCUGGCAUACCCACUGCUCUCAGGGCAAUAUGACCUGUCCUAUGCCACAGGGAAACCUGACCGUCACACCUCAACACUGCAGAGAUUCAUGUGACUGGCUCACAUGAGAGCAACAUCCUCUGGUUGUUACCUUGUAGACAUCAGUUGAAUGGUGUUUCGAUCUUUUAUUUUUUAGUUUCUCUGCCCCAAGGCAAGGCAGAAUGUUGUUGCUGUUCUUUUUUUCUUUUGUUUCCUUCUCCUCACGAAAGACCCCAAAUUUUCCGAUCCGAGGACUGUAACACGACUCAAGAGUAUAACCCAGGUUCAAAGCCAUCGCUCUGCCCCUUCCCGCAGAGGAAACACCGACCCGCUGAAUACCUAGUCUUUGCACUGUCGACAAAUACAAUGCAAAAAGAGACUGCCAGAACAGCUUUUCGUGUUUUCUUUAUGAUUUGUUUUUUUUUGUUGUUGUUGUUGUUUUCAGACUGCAUUGUUUCUUUUUGUCACACAGAAAAGAACUUGGCGGGUUGAAUUUGGGGUACUUGGGAGGGGUAGGAAGGAGGGAAAGAGGCGUCGGCUAAACUAAAGACUGGCUUUACAGUACGCCGUGAAACAACAGUAUAUCCUUAACUUGACAAAUGUUCAGCUAUGUUUAGGGGAGAGGAAGGGGGAGGAUGGUAACAGCUGCUUUCUUCAGAGACUUAAGAGCCUGAGAGUGAAGUUUUCCCAUCUUCAUCGUCAUCACUUCAAGUUUUUUGGCUUUUAUUUUCUUCUUUUUUUUUUUGUUUCGUUUCCUAAAGGAACGCCUCACAUUUAGUUUCAGGGAUGAUGCCGUCAUGUUUCAGCGAACACACCUCAUGGAGAAACAAACCAACACUAUUCGUGUCUCCUUUUCUCUCUCUCUCUUUCUCUAAACUCUCUUUCAUAUCAUUGUGUGUCCAUCUUCGGAAGUGUCUGACGCCGGGUUCAGUCGUGUUUUUGAUUUAGUUUUUUAAAUAUGUGUUUUUUUUUUGGUCCCCUUCACCAUAAACGGAGUCGCAUCCACUUUAAACGGUGAAGCCACAUCAGCGAGCGAUCGGGUUUGUUUAGUCACUGCGCUUCUUUCACUCUGAUUGUUUUCCUGUAAACAGUGUAAAACCUGGGCUCAUGAAUUGUUCUGCUGUAAUAUAUAGGCUUCCAACCCUUUCUGUGCGUAAAUGUUUGUAUUUAUUCAAGCAUGCAACCGUUAGAGAAACUUGUCAAAAAGCCGUCUUGCUUUUUUUGGCCACGCUGAGCACAGACCAUUACCGUCGCCCGGGUGUUUUUGUGCGUUUUCUUUUGGUUUUCCUCAUCUUGGGUUCACAUCUCUGUUCGCCCCCUCAAAACGCGUGCCUCUAAAUUAGCGUCUCCGCUACGCCGAGCUAACUAAUCCAGUCAGAUGAAGUGAAAACGGAAGGAAGUCUGAGUGAUUUUUUUAAAUUUUAUUUUUGGGGCUAAUGUGAUCGGGGGCGGGGGGGUCUCUUCUCUUUUGCUCAUGUGGCUUCACCGUAACAACUGGUAGGUCAGAUCCAUGGUGACCAAGCAGACCCUAAUUCACAUCAGAUUCUGACACCUGAUUUAAAAAUAUAAAUAAACACUAAAUUAAACGGCCUGCCUCGGAGUCGCUGAGAAGUCUUACAACAUGUGAGUCCCGCUCCGUAAAUUCCCACUGGUGAGCUUUUUUAUCGACGUGAGCGUGGCCCCCGUUCUACCCGAGGCUUUAAAUUACACGGCUCCCAAACCACAGGGGGUGUUUUUUGGGGUGAAAUCCUAUCCAUGUGCUGCUCACUUUGAUUACAGGUUACCGAUUGUUGAAGGUUUAAGGUCAUACCAUGGUGUUUGAACCAUUUUAAUGACAGGAUAUUGACCAUAUAUUUUUUCUUUUUUUAAAGUAAUUUUUUUUUAUUAUUAUUUCUCCCCUCCACCCCCCACUGCACAAACAGUGAAUCAUGCCUAACGACCCCCACCUGGCGUCCAAACCAGGCAUUUCUCACAUUUAACAAACCGCAGCGAUUCAUUUUGAGGUUCACGGACAUUCCUGGUGGGGGGGGGGGGUAAAAAGAAAGUUACCAGUUUCUUGCCCCCGAAAAGAAGAAGGAGAAAGGAAACAAAGAAAAGUUGACAGGACGGUAUAUAUUUUGACUUUGUGCGCAUUUUAAAGAAGAAUGGCUGACAUGAUUUAAAAGCUGAAUGUGGUGGUGUGUGACUUGUACUUAAUCUGUAAGGGUAAUCUAGGCAGCUGUGAUGUUGUCAUUAAAGUCAGUGGGGUUUUAGUACCAGCAGACUGCAUAUAGUUUUAUCAGACAAUGGUUGUGACAAGUGCAUUUGUUCUCUCUCUCUCUCUCUCUCUCUCUCUCUCUCUCUCGUUCUCUUUCUCUGAGAGUAGUGUUAUCUCAGUAGUAAGCAAAGCCCAGUGAAAAUCAUUUAUUCUAAAGUGUAUGAAAAAGCCAGAAAAGUUAACGUUUGCUAUCAACAUAUUGGAAAGUGCUUGGCUCUUGUAUUUCGCAGGACUGUAUUUGUUUCAUGGUGAAGAGUAUAUUUAUUGGCCAGCAGUUGUCUCAAUUGGUGCCUAGUCGAACAUUCUUCUGUGAGAACACAGAGACACUCGCUCGUUUGUCUUUUUUUUUUCCUCACCCCACCUCCUGUCACACGGCCACCCUCCCCCAUCCCGCCUUCCCCUCCGUUUUAACCCCACCGUCCUGCCUCUCCUUAAUCCCCCCCACAACCCUCUCACCCGACCCCCUCCAAAAGUACCGGAGCUCGGUGCUUGCAAGGAUGUUUACAAUGUCUUCAUUUUCUUUCUGUGUGAGAAAUUCAGAACUCUUCUCCCUCCCUCCCCCCGUCUUCUGUCCUUUGUUGUCUUUCCUUUCAGGAGUUUGUGUAAAGUGUACAUUACCAUGGUUCUUUUUUAUACAAUACUCUGUAACUUGCCUUUGUAAAUUUGGGCUGGAAAAAAAAUAAAUCUUUUUAUGAGACAA